UUGUACAUGUUGUGAAGUAAAAUAAUAAGACAUGGAGGAGGAAAUAAGGCUAAUCUCAACACGGAGUUCAUUAAAACUUUGUCUUAUGUCAGCUGCUAGGAACAUUCUCCAUUUCUUUGGGAUCCAUGAUUAUUCUUCUGAAGAUGAAAUCUGGGAGCAGGAGAUAGUACACAGAAUCCAGAAUAAAAUGUUUGGUUUGUGGAAUGAUAAUGAUAUCACUGAUGAUGCCACUAAAGGCCUUGUUCAAGAGGUCUGGACCACAGUAUCUGAAGUCCUGUCAGAGAAAGUGCACAUGUCGCAUGAGGCUGAAGAUUAUUCAACUGAUCUGGACCAAGAAGGAAACUUCAUGAUUCAAUUAAUACCAGAAGAAGACCAUUUAAGGACACAAGUUUUAACCAGAUUUGAUUGGAACCAAUCUGCUAAGAGCAUAAAGGAUGUGUCGCUUGAGUCCACAAAUGGUCAAUCGGGAGUGCCCACAAGUCAGUCAUCUGAAUCGACAAACAAUGUGCAAGAUACUUCAUCAGAAUACCAAGAUAAUGAAGUACAUGUACCAUCCCAGGAGGCAGAGUCUGCAGAGAAUAAAGUGACUUCAGAGGAAUUGGAGGUUAUGGGAACCAGUGUAGACAAUGAGAAACAGAGUGAUCUGAGCCACCAAACAACAGUUCCAGACCAGGACAAAAGUGUUACACGACAAGAUGACAACACUCUCCAACCAUCAGGAAGAGUACCUCAAAGUGGAGGCAUAACUGAACAGUCAGGACAAGAAUAUACCAAGAAAGUCACACGGGAAAGUGGGAAUUCUUCUGUUAAUGGAGGAAAAGAUCAGAGAGAAGAAGCUUCCACAUCAGCCAGAUCUACGGUAGAAAAUGAAGUAGAGGGAAGGAAAGUAGAAACUUAUUCCAUUCAGCAGAGAAAAGACUUUAAGGGAAGCAAAGAGGAAGCACCAUCAAGCUCAAAGACAGCAAGUGAACAACUGAAGGGUUACUUUAGAGGAAAUAAAUUUGUUUCAGACAGAAGUAAAAGUGUGCGAUUCAGUGUUGUUAGUGUUAUUGAUGAAAGAGACAACAAUAGUGGAAAUAGUGAGAUAAAUCCAGAUGAUCUGAAAGAGAUAGAAACUUUAUCUGGUACCAAAUUGCGAGACACUUUAGAUUUGGCUGGAGAGGAGGGGCAAACUUCCACAACAGAAGAUGAAGCUACAAAAUAUGUACAGGUAACUGAAUCUCUGACUGCUGAAGACUUUGCCUAUGGGAAAGAGGCUUACAGGGAUUAUUCAUUAUAUGUACAGAUUGAAAGAAAGAAUAAAAUAAAGAAACUGAAAGAAUCAAAAGAGCAAGCAAUGGAGAAAAUGGCAUGGAGAAUAUCAAAGAUUGAUGAGAUCAUUGACAAAGCUAGAGAAUAUUACCUGAAUCCAUCUGGUAAAGCAGCAGAGGCAUGGAAGGAAUUGAGGCGUAGCAUUAAGUCCAGCAGUAAUGUUGGCCUGGAUAGCGAUACAGACAUCAGAUAUAAGUUGUCUAAGCUUCACUCUCAUAGACCUAUCUUUACCAGUAUCAUAGUGCUAAUACAAGUUGUUGCCUUUAGUGUGCUGUGUUACUUUGGUGGAAUCACAAAAAUUGGGUUUGAACCAUCAAUAGAACUUGCAGAAGGAGUACCAACAUUCCUGGGUUCAGAGACAAUUCAUAAGUGGGUCAAGCCAAACAUCUGGAUGGGACCCAAUGAAAAGUUUUGGAUAAGUGUAGGAGCUUUGUACUCUUCCUGUAUGAGAGAGGAUUACAAGUUAAUGUUACAGACCUCCAAGAAGAACUACACCUCCACCAUGGUUCUGGGCUGCUGUGAAGUUGCCAGCAGAAAUACAGCAGGAACUCUGACACAAAAGGAAUGUGACCAGGAAACUGGAGGUGUGGGGAUAUGGCUGAAUGGUGUCCCUUGUGGUGCUAGGCCAACAGGGCACAACAGUGUGUCCCACAACAUAAAACCCUGCUGUGUGAACAUCAGAGGAGAGUGUAGAAUGGUGUCGCACAAACAUUGUGAAUUCUUAGAGGGAACCUUCCAUCAGGAGACUGGCAAAGAACAUUGCAGUCAGGUUAACUGCAUCAAUGACCUUUGCAUUGGGAAGUUAGGUUUUAUGAUAUCCUCUAUCCCGGGCAAGCCUGAGACACCGUGGUUGUCCCAGGCUCCUCAGCAGUGGUGGCGCCUCCCCCUGUCUGUUCUGUAUCACCAUGGAAUAAUCCAUGCUUUGUUGGUAAUAGGAGCACAGACUUUGAUACUGAGGCACAUAGAAGUGACCAUUGGCUGGCUGCGUUUGAUUAUACUAUUUAUUGUGUGUGGAUGUGGAGGUUUGCUGGCAGCAGUUAUGUUCAACCCCUACCAACCCCAUGUUGGAGCAACAGGUGCCCUUUUUGGAGUAGUAGGCCUGCUAUUUGUAGAACUUGUCCACUUCUGGUCCAUCAUUAAGAAACCAUGGUUGGAGCUCAUCAAACAUCUUGUGUUGAUGGCUGUUUUUAUUUUCUCAGGGACUUUACCUUAUCUGAACAUUUUCUCCAUAAUGACUGGCCUUUUGCUAGGGAUGCUAUGUGCCCUGGGGUUGCUGCCUUAUAUAAGUAUUAAGAAACAUAAAGCAGUAUGCAGAAUAAUUAUGGUAGCUAUAUCAGUUCCAUUAGUUGUUUCCAUGUUUUUUGUUAUGUUUUAUGUGUUUUAUAGAGUUCAGCUUCUCGAAAACUGCAAAUUUUGUGAGGCUGUCAAUUGUUACGCAUACACUGAGAAUAUGUGUAAAUUACUGGAUUAACAACAUUGUAAUUGUGUUAUGCAUUAUUUUAUAUUUUUGAAUCUACAAGUUUUAGAGAUAUGCAUAUUUUUAACAAGGAAAAAAUACGUAAUUUGGAUUUUUACAAUAUGAUUAGAUUAAUUUAAAAAAAGAAUUUAUGGCAUUGUACAGCUAAAAAAGUUUUUUAGC